AAUUAACUAAAUAUUUUAUUGACAUCUGAAUUUUCUCCGCAUUCAAUCAUUUGAAGAAGUUACCAGCACCAACAUGUCUAAGAAGGAUAUUCCGAUGAAGGAGAUCCCUGAGAUUCUGUGUGAUGACAACUCUGGAAAACGUUAUACUCGCGGAAGAUUUCUGGGAAAAGGAGGAUUCGCUAAAUGUUUUGAAAUAACAGAUCAUGAAACAAAAGAAACGUUAGCUGGAAAAAUUGUUCCUAAGGCACUCCUUGUGAAGCCUCAUCAGAAAGAAAAAAUGACUCAAGAAAUUAGUCUUCAUCGUAGCCUCAAUCAUGAUCAUGUUGUUGGUUUCCAUGGAUUUUUUGAAGAUAAAGAUUUUGUUUAUAUCGUCUUGGAAUUGUGCAAAAGAAGGUCUCUUAUGGAAUUGUACAAGCGACGAAAAGCUCUUACCGAACCAGAGACAAAAUACUAUAUGAAACAAAUUCUGCUUGGAGUUGUAUAUCUACAUGACAAAAAAAUUAUACACCGAGAUAUAAAAUUGGGAAAUCUUUUUCUAAACAAUGAGAUGGAAGUGAAAAUUGGUGAUUUUGGCUUGGCAACCAAAGUUGAUUUUGAAGGGGAAAGAAAGAAAACAUUGUGUGGUACACCCAAUUACAUUGCACCUGAAGUGUUAGGAAAGAAGGGACACAGCUUCGAAGUUGACACAUGGUCUCUUGGUUGUGUAUUAUACACAUUGCUGGUUGGUAAACCGCCAUUUGAAACCUCAACAUUGAAAGAAACUUACAGCAGAAUAAAGAAAAAUGAAUACAGAAUUCCUCAUCAUGUUUCUCCAGCUGCCAAGACUUUAAUAAAAAGAAUGCUAUGCAAUGAACCCUCAUCUCGACCCUCAGCGAAGGAAGCUCUGGAAAGUGACUUCUUUAAUGGUUAUAUUCCUCAUAAACUACCUACGACUUGUUUGACCAUGGCACCUCGAUUCCCUGAAAUGCAGACGCAAUCUCAAAGGAAACCUUUGCAGGAUAUAAAUGGUUCUGAUAACACUCCUGCUCAAAUGGCUGGGAAAAAAUCAGAACCAAAUGAGAUAUGCAAUAAUGAAUCUCCUGAUUUUCAUAUGGGUGAAUUAUUUGAGCAACUCACUAAACUUAUUGACAGCAAUCCUUCUCAUCGAAACCCGGUUAAUAUGGAUGAAGCGGAAGAUCCAGCAGCUAAUCCAGUCUUGUGGAUCAGUAAAUGGGUGGAUUACACAGACAAGUAUGGACUGGGAUAUCAACUUUGCGACAACAGCAAUGGAGUGCUUUUCAAUGACAGCACUAGAAUUUUGCUUUAUGCAAAUGGUGAACAUAUUGAAUACAUUGACAAAGACAUGUCGGAAUCAUAUUAUACUAUACGAACAUACCCUGAUAUGCUCGUUAAGAAAGUUACUCUUCUCAAGUAUUUCAGAAAUUACAUGAGUGAGCACCUGUUGAAGGCUGGAGCAUCCAUGGCACCCAAAGAAGGAGAUCAACUUGCUCGACUUCCGUUCUUACGUACAUGGUUCAGGACUCGUAGUGCCAUUGUCUUGCAUCUGAGUAAUGGAACAUUACAGAUUAAUUUCUUUGCUGAUCACACCAAGAUUAUUCUCUGUCCAUUAAUGGGAGCUGUUACUUACAUUGAUGAUAACCGAAAGUUCCGAACAUAUCGACUGUCAUCACUGGAGAAAUAUGGAUGCUGCAAAGAGCUUGCACAUCGGUUGAGAUACGCAAGAACAAUGCUUGAGAAGUUGAAGACCAGUCGAGCAUCCACUGCCAGAAUCAAGGACCAAUCGUAAACUGUAACUGUCGAACUUGUAUUGUAAACAGCUACUAAUUUUCCAUGCUUAUUUGAUGAAGGGACUUGUAAAGCCUCCAAGUAUUACUCUUGUAGUACUUAUAAAUGUUUGAAAGCAUCAACAACGCUGGCUAAAACUAAAAAAUUGAUAUUAGAAACAAGUUUUGUCACUAUGGCCAUUCGAUCUUCCUCUGAUGUAUAAUAGUAGUAAUCUAUUUUUAUUUGUUGUAUUGUCGUAUUGGAAUGCCCUAUCUCUUAUGUGAUUCCUUAUUGAGGCCAUGAAGUUUCAUUUGUCUAUCUAUUAUAUUGACAAUUAUUGUGUUUACUUUGAUAAUAAUAAUUUAGCUUUCUGCUAUUUUCUUGUUCCACUGCCCUAUCUACUUAAACAUUCGCUGCUUGAAAUGUAUCAACAGUCUAUGGAAACUAUUCAUUGAUAUCUCAGCGCUUGGUAUGCGUUGCUCAAAUAUGGUGUCAAAAAAGUUUAUGAUUACCAUUUGAAUUAUUACUGUAGCCUACUCAUUUGAAUGGAGCCGAUCUGCACGCACUGGGUGAUAAUUGCAAUGAUAGUCAGUCAAAUGGUCCGAAUACCCAAAGUACAUGAUAAUUUAUGUAAAUGAACAGGGUUUGUGGUUUCACUGAUGUUAAGUUGUAAAGUUGAUAGAAAGAUCGAUAACAAAUUUUUUAAAUGGAAAUUAUACAUAUUCAAUUUUGAUGUUUGUCAUUCUUUGUACAUUUUCUUGCUUCUACCAGCCAAAUUAAUCUUUCACUUGUACUCUUGUAUAAAGUGAUACUUUUCCUAAUGUGAGAAUGUUGUUGAAAUCUCAGUUGUUCUAAUUGAACAGUUUGUGAGUACCGAGCAGCAUCUGAGAGGGACAGACUCACUUAACAUAAUUUCUUUCUCUUUGAUUGCAGUUCCUUGCUGAACUAGUUAUUCUUUGGAAAUGCAUCAUGUAAUAGAUCUCACUAUUAUUUCAUUUUUGGAAUAAAUUUGAAUAGUUUCUGAACCGAUAUUCAACUUUAAAUGAUUAUUGAUUUGUGUGAUUAUUAUAGAAAUACCAACUUCAAAUUA